AUGACUAAGACUCCAGAAGCCUUGGCCGUGUCUCCUGGUGACAGCACCAUCAAAUGCAAAUGUAGCUCCAAUCUUACUUACUCAGGCAGAGAAUACUUAUCCUGGUCCUGGCAGAAACCUGGACAAGCUCCUACACAACUCAUCUAUGAUGGUGUCACCCGGAAACCCGGAGUCCCAGCCUGGUUCAGUGGCACUGGGACUGGCACCGAUUUCACUCUCACUGUCAGCAGCAUUGAAGCCACAGAUGCUGGAGAUUAUUACUGUCAAAGGGAAGCACUGUGGUACAAUUUCGGCAAGGGGACCCGGCUAGAGAUCAAACGCAGAGAAGAUGCUGCACCUACGGCAUCCAUCUUUCCCCCGUCGGCUGAGCAGCUUAAAGGGGGAAGUGCCACCGCGGUGUGCCUGGUCUCUGGCUUCUACCCAAGUGAUGCGGGCGUGACCUGGAAGAUGGACGGCACCUCCACUAGCACUGGUGUCCUCACCAGCACGGUGCAACAGGAUGCUGCUGACAACACGUACAGCAAGAGCAGCACCCUGACAAUCCCGGCAUCCGAGUACAACUCUCACAACCUCUACACCUGUGAGGUGACACACAAAACCUUGAAGACACCUCUUGUGAAGAGUUUCAAGAGGACCGAGUGUACGCAGUAGGAGGACAGCAGGGGAGGGUCCCUGCUUCCUUCUGGCAGCCUUUCUUAUGCUUUCUUUAUGAAACUAUCCUUCUUUUCCAUUUGUUUCCAUCCCAGUAUAUGAUGAUGGAGAUCUUCAUGACCUCCCGUCCUUCCUUGCCCCUUGCUAAUUAUACCGUAUAACUGGGCCACCCUGCCUCCUCUCGCCCUACAGCCUAACACUGUUUCCUGCUCUUAUCAUGUGUCAAGUAUGAAAAAUUCAUAAAUAAAUGGAAUGAGUGAAAAGGCAUCUGUUUUCUCACUGUGUUUUUAAUGUGAUGAUCAAAAUAAAGUGAAUUCAGGUGAAGUACAUGAA